ACCAAAUUCCUCUAGAGGCAUAAUGCAUUUAGAAGAGAAGGAGAAUAGAAACAGGGACCAGUCAAUUAAAAACUUAAAGGAUUCCAAUGAACGAAUGAUAUGAAUGCUUAAAAAAGUAUUACGGUAGUUUAGACUACUUCUGGUUUGAUUCAUCGCAAGUGUACACCUUUCAUAACGUAAACUAGUUUUGCAAAAAAUUUUAUUAUCAAUGCUUGUGAAGCACUUACGGUCUUAUUGCAAGUACUAAUUUUCCUUCUAUUUCUUGCCUUGAAGUCACUAGCAACGACGAUAGCUCGGAUGGACGCCUUUAAGAGAUUUAAUACGUUAAGGCAGCUUAAUCCAACUCAACGCGCCCAAUGACGGCACGAAAUGAGAACACCUCUUGCAGUACUAGUUCGAGGAUAAAAUGUCACUCCUGAGCAGGGAAUUGAUCUGGUAACCCUUUAAUACUCGUAAUAUCUGGCAAAUGACCUUGGGUAUUUAUCCUGGAUACUUGCCCGGUAUCUAAUGACACCUGUUCACGCCAUGUGCACACAUUUAGAUUACUUAAGUGGCCUUUCCAGGAAUUUAACUACACCACAAAACUUUUCGAAUUUACUCCGUCCCAUUCAUUGUGUCCCGAUUAUAUUAAUGCAACAGAAACUUUUACGCUUUCGUGAUGAAAAUUGUAACCAUUUAUCUAAUUUGGGUGACUCCCUUUGCUUACAAGAUUGAAAAUAUUUCCUUUCGUAAUAAUUAUAUUAAAUACUUAUCAGUAAUGAUUUAAUCAGAGUAUCAGAAAAGCAUACAUUGCUACAUCGAAACGUAAUGGAGGCAUUGUCCAAAAGUGCGAUUUGCAAGCCAUUUAUCAUUUCACAAUUUCGAUGAUGAUGUUAUCAAUGAUUUACCUUCAUGCGUGUACAGUGGAGCAAAUAGCGUAGGAAAUGGAAACGGAAAUUUGCGAAUGUCAACUAACAACUUCAGGCAACUACAACAACAAUAUUUACAACACAGCAGCGAAAGCAUUUUGGAUUCUUCCACUAACAUCAAUUUAGGUUCUAAUGCAUCCGGUUUAAUAUGUGGCAGUUCGAGUACCGUGGCCACUACAACCACUGGCAGCAACAGUCAUAGCAAUAGUUACAAUACAUCGCCGUAUAAAAUUCAAAGGCAACAGGCGAAUAUACGUGAAAGGAAACGAAUCCAGAGGUCGGCACCAACUGGUAGCAUAAAUUCCGCCUUUGAUGAAUUACGUGUACACGUUCCUACUUUUCCGUAUGAGAAACGUUUAAGCAAAAUUGAUACUUUGCGGUUAGCCAUAGCCUAUAUAUCAUUACUAAGAGAAGUCUUGCAGACCGACUACGACCCAUUGACAUAUGUCGAGAAAUGCUUGCGAGGUGAAAUUAAAGCGGAACGAGCUAACUGGAAUACAAGUGAUUUAACAGCUCGUUUAUCUUGGAUUAAUUGGGAAAAUCUGGGAGUUCAUCCCGGUCGACGAACUUUAUUGACUUCAUUGGCUUUGUCAUCAGAACCGAUAUGUGGAGCCCAUUGUGGCGGCCCCUAAAUUAUUUUAGAUAAAAACUGUUUUUUCUUUUUUUGCAAGAAACGCCAACUAGUCUUCCAUUGAGUUUAAUUGUAUUAUUUAUUUCGUUUUUGUUUCCAUUUAUUUUCUUUUUAUUUUCUAAUCU